AUGUCUGGAGUUUGGAAGUUCGAUGAAAAGGGCGUGAUUCGCUUUAGUGAAAAUCCGAGAGCUGAUUCUGCUGGAAGGAAAGCUAACUCCACUCGAAGGAAGGUGUUAGUGCACUUAACCACGCGUGAGGUGGUGUCCUCAUACACCUCGCUCGAGCAAAUUCUGAGGGGAUUGGGAUGGGAGAGGUACUCCGGCAGCGCCAGCGAUCCCAACCUCCUGCAAUUCCACAAGCAAUCUUCCAUUGACCUAAUCUCUCUUCCUAGAGACUUCUCCAGGUUCAGCUCUGUUCACAUGUAUGACAUUGUUGUCAAAAACCCUAAUGUCUUCCAUGUCCGAGACAUGUGA